AUGGCUCGCCUUGCCCUCGCUGUCAUUGCCGCCCUGGCCAGCAGUGCACUCGCGGAUCCGACAUGGUGUGGCAAGAACUAUGAGAAGAACACGUCUGCCGUCCCACCAGGCGGCCAAUUCUCAGCGCCCGCAAUAUCCGCCUCGCCGCUCCUCGCGUUCCGCUGCGCACCCGCGAUCAAGCCAUACCUCGCCUCUGACGUUGGCAGUCCCGCAGGGAUCCUGAUUGACACGUUCAUCACGAACUCCGAGAUUGCAGGCGCGUCUGCGGUCGCCCUGCCCUCGAGCGGACCUCUAGGCGAUGUCCUCGUCACAGUGGAGAUCGACGGACGCGUCGUCACGAGCGGCACGGUGCCCCUUAACUCGACCAAGGUGGAUCUGCCGUUCAGCCUCGGAGGGCUAACGCCGCAGAAGAGCGCGUACGAUGUGAGCUGCAGCGCGACAUAUGCGAGCGCGGAGGGUUCGCAGACAUACCAGGCCUCUGCGAGCUUGAGCUACUUGCCGGACCCGACGGAGGGUGGGAACGUGGUGAAAUUAGAUGCGAGGACGGGCGCGUUGCUCGCGAAGCCUACGAAUAACCAGGAGGGAGAGUACGAGACAGUGUUGCCAGUCGGGUUCUAUACGGCGUUUGGGGACUACCUGGCGACCAACUUGAGUACGAUUGACGAAGCGAAGGCGAUGGGUUUCUCGGUUAUCCACCCCAUCCCGUCUUACGACAACCUCACGCAGCUGCAAGAGGUGAUCACGCGUAUGGAGGAAGUCGGGAUGUACCUCAUGUACGAUAUGCGGUGGACGUACCAGAACGACACCUCCGUUGCGGAACAGGUAAACUUGGUCAAGAACUCGCCUGCGCUCUUGUUGUGGUACACUGGGGACGAGCCCGAUGGCACGUCAGAUCCGCUCAACGCCACGGGACACGCUUAUGACUUGAUCUACGAGCUGGAUGGGUACCACCCAGUGUCGCUGUGCCUGAACUGCUUCGACUACUACUGGACAGAGUACACCUCAGGUGCAGACAUCGUCUUGCAGGACACGUACAUGGUCUCGAACAACGUUACGUGGAGUGUUGAAUGGGACACGCCAUGCAAUGCAACGUACGGCGACUGUGGGUGCGACGACUGCCUCGGUAACUUCGAGGACAUCAGCACUCGCAUGGACAACUUCGCGUACCGCCUCUGGGCGACAGGCUGGGACACAACAAAGAGCGUGUGGACUGUCCCACAAGGCUUUGGAGGGGGCGAGUACUGGCCACGAGUGCCCACAGGGCCCGAGUUUGUCGUACAGAGCGUGCUUGCGAUCAACCACGGCGGCAUGGGGGUUGUUUCCUGGGACGCGCCCACGACUGACGACGUCUGGGACUACGCCUCGCUCCUUGCACAAGCAUCACCCGCGCUGAAGGAGUACAUCGCCAACGAUGCCGCGAUCUUCGCGCACUACUUCUACGACCAGAUCGACGUCGGAACGUGGACAGUGGGCAGCAAGACGCUCGUGCUCGCGACGAACCUCAACUACGCCGAUGAGACGUUCGAGCUAGGGGAUGUGCCUGGACUGGCGAGUAAGCCGGUGACGCAGGUCCUGGAUAGCGGGGCGCGCGUAAGUGGGACUACGGUUACGUUUACGAGUGUUGGCACGGGUGGGUGGAUCGUAGGUUGA